AUGGGCACAGAUUUGCCUUCUGGACAGAGAAAGCGACCCCUCUUCUUCAGGGAACUCUACAGACUGUCUUCAGCGUUCCAAAGGCAACCCCCUCUAUAUCUUACUAAACUUCAAUCAGACAGAAUCGGAGACCUUGGUUCUCCAGACUCCUUCAGAAGACGGGCACAUUUUAAAUGGCUUAACAGUGUCUGGACAUGGAGCAGGUUCUGUGCAGAAUUCAGGAGAGAGUAUUACAACAUGUACACCAUUGAGAUCUGCCAUGGGUAUGGGGAGCAGUUCAAACAAUCCCCACGAGGAUUUGUCGGAGAGGAGAAAAGGGGGCAGGGCUCUUACCUGCUUGGGACUGUGCCAGAUGCUGAGGAUCUGGGCACCAACGCUGUCAGUGACACGCACGGUCCUGAGUGGCAGGAGUCCUCCCUCCUCAAAAUGGAGGAGUUCCCUCAAAUGAAAGAGGAAUCACAGAAGCGGCACCCUUGCGUCAAGAAGGAGGAGGAAGAGGAUGACAUCACCAAGUUCACCGUUGUCCCUUUGAAGAGUGAAGAUCCAAGUGAUGCAGGCAGAAGGGCGGAGCCUCUCCACAGCGGCAUGGCCACCUCAACUGUAGGUGGCGAGCAUCACCGUCGCGGAGGAUCGUCAGAUCGUGACGACGCCACGUCACACUCUUCCGACUAUGCCGACGAUGAUGACGAAGAGUCAGAAGGUCCUGAGACGGACGACAAACGCCGGAAACGUCCUCAGUGUGGCAAAACCUAUUGCAGAAAUGACAUGUUGAACAGUGACAAAGAGACAUUUGUCUGCACAGUUUGCGGGAAAAUACUUUCUUACGUCACUCGAGAAGAUGCUCUUCACCCUAAAAACAACGAGACCGAGCCACUCCACGUCAAACAGGAGGAGGAGGAGCCAGACACGGCGCGCAUCAAAGAAGAAGUGGCCGAGAAUGAAAUCAGCCGGUUUUCAUUCAAAGCCACCUGCGUCAGGCCGACGCGAGAAGAAGACGAAGGUCCGAGCGAGUGGGCGGAGCCUUCACGCUCACGUCAAAAACUCGGCGGCCUCUUAGCGCCGCUCUCGGAUAGCGACGACAUCACGUCGUUCUCCUCCGACGUCGAUGACGAACGCUCACACGACGACGCCGAGUUACGCGGCGACGAAAAGCACGCGACGCCGGAAAGCGACGCUAGAGAAAGCGCAGACGGGAAACGUUUUGCCUGCGCGGUUUGCGAGAAACGAUACUAUACGAAGGGGAAAUUGACGCGACACGCGAAGACGCACGACGGGGAGAAACCCUUUGCCUGCGCGUUUUGCGGUAAAAGAUUCGUCGAGAAGGGCGAUCUAAACAAUCACACGAGAACGCACACUGGAGAAAAACCUUUUCCCUGCUCAGUCUGCGGUAAAAGAUUCACCCGAAAGGGAGAUUUAAACAUACACGCGAGAACGCACACCGGCGAGAAACCUUUCGCCUGCGCCGUUUGCGGUCGGAAAUUCUCCGAAAAAGGAAAUUUAAGCAAGCACGCGGUCACCCACACCGGAGAGAAACCUUUCGCCUGCUCGGUUUGUGCUAAAAAAUUCUCUAGGAAGGAUGAGUUGAAGACGCACGCGAGGACGCACACUGGAGAAAAACCUUUUGUCUGCUCCAUUUGCGGCAAACGAUUUAUUCAGAAGGGAAAUCUGACGGCGCACGAGAGAACCCACACCGGGGAGAAACCGUUCGCCUGCACGGUUUGCGAGCAACGAUUCUCUCAAAAGCAGUCCUUGAGGAUACACGUCAGAACGCACACGGGGGAGAAACCUUUUCCUUGCUCGGUUUGCGGGAAAAGAUUCACUCAGAAAAAAAACUUGUCGGCCCACACGAGAACGCACACCGGGGAGAAAUCUUUUUCCUGCAGGAGGGCGCUGGAGUUUUUGGUCCGAAGCAGCACAUUAAACAGGACGGUGUGCCGGUCAGAGAACAGGCAGAAAGGUGACAAGACUCCACUGUAG